CUCCGAAGUAGACGAGGCCUGUGCAGAACGUCUUGGAGGCUUAGUGGUUGUUGGGUUGAGGGUUUGGUAUCUCGUUGUAUACCCUGCUCUCUUAGUCCGUAUCAAUUACGGCCAGCAGCACGGAUUAGCAUAGCAGGAUGAAAAUAGCGGUCGAAGACAAAUGCAUUGAUCCAGAUUAGAUAUGCUUUAAUCAAUUGAUACGUGAUUACUGCAUAAGUUGUGUUCUUGCUAUCUGAUUUACUCUUAUGACGUGUAAUGUGCGUAAACCCUCACUGCCUUUCGCCGCUCUCUCAUCACAAUGCCAAUAGAUAUCGACAAUGUAGUCUACAUAUACCUCUCGAGAGGUACUAAUGUAAGCAUCGCACAAAUACACUGAAUAUAUCAAGAAGAGAUCAAAAUCAUGUCUGAUCUAUCCCGCAAAGAACCCUCUACGCAGGCUCUCCUAGACAAAGCCAGGCGCCAGAACGAUAGCAUCAGCGAGGCCCUCAAUGACCCCGAGCAGAACACGACUGGCGCGCAGUUUGACAAGAGCAAAUAUCCAUCUGAGGCGGUGUUUGAUAAGGGUAGCACGACCAAAGUGGCGGUUGAUGUUCCUCCUACGGGAAGGAUGGUGGAUAAGACAAGGGAUCCUGCUGGGGUUAGGUGACUAGCUAUUCUGGGUAGAUGGCUUGGUUGCGCUGCCUUCUUGUGCUCAAUUAUUCAAACUUGUUUCGAUGC